AUGGAUCUGCACUUGAAUCGAUCCGAGGACGCUUAUCGACGCUCACUCGCCUCGGUCUUGGACCCUUUGGGGCUCUUCGUUCUGAUGAUGAAGUCUUCUCUUCACGUUUCUCUCGCUGAGGAUUUUACCAAAACAAAAUUUCCGUUUACCAGCGCCAGACUAGGUUUACCAUCCUCGUCAUUGUCAUUCGACAAACGCUGCAGGCUCUCACGACCUGGGGGUGUUGAGGCUCAUUCAUCCGUACCUUGGACUGAUGAGUCCAACUCCAAGGUUGUGCUACUCAAAGUCAAUUCGUUGUCUUUGACAACGGGACAAACUCGGUGUAUGGUCGACGUUCUGCAAAUGUCUCAACCUGAUACUUUUGGAGCUACGCAAUCAUGUAUCAAAGGACUCGAGAUCGUCCAUCGAGAGUGUUCCGCGUUAACCCACAUGUUCUGGAACACAUUCCACUCCCCGACGCAGACAUGA